AUGUUACUGAUUUUAGAAACAGCAGUUGAGGUAAGUGAUAAAUAUUUGGAAUUUAAGUUACUUGCAUUUUGGCAUUUGAUUGUUGUAAGUCUUGUAAUCAUUGCAAUACACCCUUUCGACAAUUACGUAAUUUGGCCUGGGAGCCUCGCUCUCAGGAAUCGUGAGCCAAUCACCUUGCGUAAUUUGCUUAUGAGAGCGAGGCUCCAAGACCAAAAAGUAUGUGUGACGUAAUUAUCGAAAGGAUGUAUUAAUAAGUACCAUGGCGAUUUCCACAAAUCAAAACGAAUAUUACAUUUAUAAUUUGAUAUAUGUGGACACCACAGUCUUAUUGAUGACCUUGUGUAGGGGCAUUUAAAGAUGGUGGUAACAAAAAAAAAUCGGAAGUGUGAGGAUUACGCUCUUUCAUAAACACGAAAGAAAGGAAAAAGAGAGCAUUUUGAAGCGGCUAUGAGCAGAAUAUAAAACUCCAUUUUCUGAGGAAUUAGUAAGUAUAGCGAAAAAUACAAUUUGUGAGCCUUGGGAUGUUGUAUCAGUAAACUGAGUAAAGACUACAGGGGUCUUCCGCUUCUUAUUGCAGUGACCACCCACCUACUAUGAAUACGUUUUCUAAUUUGGCUGAUAUGAAGUGCGACUCGUGCCUUAAAAAAAUGAUUCCUAUAUUUUGUCGUUUGUAAUUGUCAUAAUCAACCAAUGUUCAAUAGUUAUGUUUACUAGGGACUCUAGUCAGGAAGUAAUGCCACCUUUUUAUUAUAGCUUUCAUGUAGACAUAGCGUUUGCUCGAAACGUAUAGCUAUAAACACUCUGGUUAUUACUGAGCAGGUAAUAACAUCAUACACACAAGCCCACGGGGUGAAAUUUCUAAGCCUCAUUUUGUUUGCACAGGAUGACGAUUUUCUUGAUGUCGUGAUGGGUAUGCUAAUGCCACCUGUUCGAACUUCGAAUGAAGAAACCACUUCCAACACGCACUACGUCACGGACGUGCUUGUUCCAGAGGUAAAUUUCAGUUUGCGAAUCGUAUGAUUUGUCAUACCAGUAUAUAUAUGUAUUUUUAAAGAAUUAUUGAAGAAUUAUUGCAGGCAUACGUUCGUUUCAUUAUGGAAGUGGAGAAUAUUGCAAGACAUAUUGCCGAAAUAGUGCUCUUCAACUGGGUAGACCAAAUCCCUCAAUUGCUGCUGCAGUCCCGAAGAAG